AUGAGCGGUCGUAGUAAAGGCGGUAAAUCACGUGCGAAACGUGUUGGUAUCGAUGCUCCGGUCUACUUGGCUGCAUUGCUUGAGUGUUUGGUCGCUGAGUUGCUCGAGCUUGCGAGCAACGCUGCUCGUGACAACAAUGAGACUCGCAUAACCCCUCGCUAUUUGCAAUUGGCCAUUCGUAACAACGAGGAGUUGAACAAACCUCUUGGUGGUGUGACCAUUGCCCAAGGUAGCGUGUUGCCAAACAUCCAGGCUGUCCUUCUGCCAAAGACUAAUAAGCUGGAGGCCUAG